AUGUGGAAGAGGCUGAACAAUCCUAAGGGCGCUCGCCAGCCCAUAUAUCCAGAUCCUAAAUUUGAUGAGAGAUUCGCAGGAUCUCGCUCUAUGGGUAUGCCUUUGUCGCCGGAAUACAAAACCGACGCACCCUCUCGACCGCCGAGACAGGAUGAGGAAUCUAGAGUUCUCCCUCGAAUGGAUUUCGAAUCCGUUGCGCCCCCUCCUUCCGAACACGGUACUUCAACGUUUCGACCACCUUCCUCUGUCUAUUCUCAACCAUCCCCGAACCCAAUAGUCACCCGAUUCGGGGCGAAUACCUACGAAAGCCCGGCGCAUACACAAGAGGUCUCUCCGCCAAGUUCCCCAGAGCUUAGUUCAGCUAGACAAAGAAGCCAGAACCAAGCGGAUGAAGAAGUGUCACCUAUCGAAGAAAAGAUGCCAGACGUCUCGCGGCUCGGGUUAAGCCAACAGAACAGACCUAAUUCGAGACAGGACAAGCCCGGAGGGAGUAACAUUCCGGUCCUCAGAAGGGAGAAGAGACGCAACCAAGUUGCUGCGGCGGCAGCAAAUUUGGUGACUCGCAAAGACGUGGGCACUAAGGGUAGACCGGCCAAGGAUCCAAGUUGGGAUCCAUACACGGGAGAACCUACAACGGCAGAUAGGGGGAAGAAACAAUCAACAACCCCAGCUCAAUUUACACCGCCAGGAGUUAAUACCCGUAGUGCUUCUGGACAACGAUUCGGGAAUGUUUCGAGUAUCUCAGCGGCACCGAAAACUCAGCUUACUUUUGGAGAAAGGGUACGAAAUCUGAAAAGCCCCACCUUGACAGUUGAAAGACCGGAAUGGAAAGGGGCAAGUGGCCGUUCGACGUUCGUCACUCCGGUAGAGGAUAAGCUUGAUGUUGCUCCCCUCAAUAUUCCCCGAAAGAGCGAGAAAAGGGUUGCUUCUCCCCCUUUUAGGUCCCCUAUUUCGCCUCAGAGUAGUAGUGAAAUGGGCCCUGUCUCGCCUCCAUUGUCAGAUGGCGUCGAUCCCCCAACCCGGACUGUUUUCUCAGAUAACGGUGCCAGGAGCACACCACAACCAAGAAACUCUCCAGCUUCAGAAAAUUUCUCUGAUCCACUUUCCUCCAACCCGGUCUCUGCACCAAGAACCCAAGUUCGUGCGAAUCUACCAGUUGAGCCUCGAGAACCACCGCCAGAAGCAAUUUCGCCUGAAGAGCAACGAUUUAGAGACCAAUACAAACACAUCGCUUUCGACAGGAACACCCCUGUAGAGCCAUAUGUCCAACCUCCAUCACGCUUCAGCGUCUCUACCUACGCAACCUCCGCAGCCCACAGCACUCCGCGCCCCUCAACAGAUACAUUCGACAGACCACCGGUGCCCACCCCUUCCAUGCCAACUCCACCGCAACAAUUUGUCGUCCAACAACCAUCAUCUCCGAUCAUGAGCCGCAAAAAGCCCAAGGUCGGUGAAGGUCCACGAUCAGGCGUAACACGGAAAGCCAUCCCCGACUCCUCGCCAGUCUUCAUCAGCAUGCGCAAAGCAGAUGCCUCGAAACGCGUUUCCAACAUCGCGAAAUCUCUCCCCAUGUCACCUGCUGAAGCAGAGUCCCACGACUUGAUCACAUCUCUACAAGCACAGCUGGAGAAUCUCUCGCAUAGGAGAAAUAAUAUCACAAAGAGCAUACGGCAGAUGACGGAGCUGAUGCCUACGGAUAGCGUGAUGGUUAAUGAUGAAGUGCGGAGGAAACGCGAGGGAGAAAAGAGGAAGGUGGAAGGCUUGAGGGAGGAGGAGGCGGAUGUUAGGAGGGAGGAACAUGAUAUUGGGUUGAGAUUGCAUCGGGCAUGGAAGAGGAAGGAUAAGGAGGCUUUUUAUGAACCUACCGGUCUUUGGGUUAGGAGGGUUACAGGUUGA